UUGCGUUCUACUUCACGUGACCGUGCGUUGCUUGUAUUGCGCAUGCGCGGUAUAUGGCAGCAGCCUGUGAAUCGCUGCAGCGCAAUGGCCGAGACAGCUCUAUGGGGGCUGUUGGAGGAGUUUCUGGUCGGAGAGCAGGAUUCCAAGUCUGCCGAAGUAGCAGCAGGCGUGAAAGAUGGGGUCUUCACUGUGCUGCAGGUGGUGGAGUCACUUGGCUCCUGCCUAGCAAACCCUGAACCAAGAAUGCGAGGUAAAGGCGUGCAACUUCUGUCACAAGUUUUACUGGAGUGCUAUUCCCAGAUAACCGAAAAAGAAGUCGAAGUCCUGGUUGUGUUUUAUGAAAACAGACUGAAGGAUCAUCAUCUCAUUACACCAUAUGUUCUCCAAGGACUGAUGGCAUUGAGUAUGUGUAAUGUCCUGCCGCAAGGACUGGCCGUUUCUGUGCUUAAAUCAAUUUUUCAAGAAGUCCAUGUUCAGGUUAGGAAUCAUUCUCUGUCAUUUUAAUAUUUUGAAAUCUGUUUGUACUUUUUUCUACAAUUGUUUAUAUAGUUCCUUAAAGGGGAUUUGUCACCCAGACGCAAAAACUGUUUAAUAAAAGUACUUUUCAAAUUAAA